GUAGAAUGGUUUCAAGGCCUGAUAAAUUGGCUGAACUUUGGAAGACCCUUAAACCGCUUUUUGACAAGAUGCUAAAUAUGGAGGAUCUAAGUAAAGCCGAGCACGCAUCUAUAUGCAAUUGCGUUUAUGGCUACUGUACCAGUGUUGAUACAACGUACAAUACUGGAGCAAGUAGUAAAGUAAUCGGGUUUGAUUUGUACAAGAAACUACGCAGCUUUUUCAAGCAGCACGUUCAAUCGUUGAGAGCGAAAGGUGAGACCAAGACCGGUUCGGAUUUACUCACCUUUUUCGAAAAAAACUGGACGAACUUUGUCGUUGCUGCGAAAUAUAUAGAUCACCGGUGCAACUACCUUAAUCGCAACUGGGUGAAAACGAAAAUUGAUGAAGGUCAAAAAGAUGUUGUCAUCGUUUACUCCUUGGCCCUAAUGAUUUGGAAAGAUGAACUUUUUAAACCUUGCAGUCAUGCUCUGAUGGCAGCUGUUCUUAAUGAAAUAGAGCGUGAACGUAAAGGCGAGAGUAUUGCAGCAACACGUUUGUGUACAAUCAUCAGCAGCCUCGUUGACCUUUGCAUUACCUCCGAGCACCACACACAACCCUCUUCUGUUUCUCAGUUACCACAUCCCACCCUUCAAGCGACCCAGACUCACUCAGUGCGCCAGUUCCUCGCACCUCCGGUGCCGACUCACAUUUCUUGCGAUCCACCUCCUGCGGCAGACUGGAGACAAGGCCUUCCCAUCUACCGAGAUUACUUUGAGCAGCCAUUCCUUCGGGAAACCAUGCACUUUUAUGAGCUCGAGAGUAACGAAUUUUUAAAAUCCAACUCCGUUACUGAAUACUUAAAGCGCGUUGAAAUGCGUUUGGAAGAGGAACGGACGAGAGCUCGUACGUACCUUCACGCAAGCACACUGAACGAGUUGAUAAAGACAUGCGAAGAGAGCCUUAUUGGCAACCACAUUGAGGCGCUCGCUUCGGAGUUUCAGACCCUCCUUGCAGAGACCAGAAUCGAAGACUUGGCCCGGAUGUACAAGGCCUUGAUUCGCUUUGAGGAUGGCGAAGCACGCCUAGUUCAAAUGAUGGAACUUCACGUCGACGAAGUCGGUUCUGAGGCCCUGAAGGAAGUCUGCCAAAGUGCCAUAGCGAAUCCCAGACUGUUCGUGGAUACCAUUGUUGGUGUACAGCGGAAGAACAAGGAGCUCCUGCAGUCUGCCUUCUCCAUGAAUGCUUCCUUCGCGCGAGCUCUUGACAAGGGCUGUGAACGCUUCAUCAACCGAAACGCCAUCACCGAAAUCGCCGGCAGUUCUCGCAAAACGCCCGAACUCUUGGCCAAAUAUGCGGACCUCCUACUGAAAAAGGGCACCAAAGAAGCCCAACCCGAUGAUCUCGAGGAAACCCUAAACUGUGUGAUGGAGGUUUUCAAGUACGUUGAAGAUAAGGACGUCUUUCAGAAGUUCUACUCCAAUAUGCUUGCUCGCCGCCUCGUGAAUAACAUGUCCAUCUCGGAAGAUUCAGAGGCCCAAAUGAUUUCCCUCCUAAAAGGCGCAUGCGGCAUUGAGUACACGUCAAAGCUGCAGCGCAUGUUCCAGGACGUGAGCUCGAGUCGUGAACUCAACGCCCGAUUCAACGAGUGGGCCAGCGAACGGCCCGACUCGCCGACUCUCCUGCGAGGCGUUGACUUCAGCAUUAUGGUGCUAAGUUCAAACGCGUGGCCAUUCCAAGGACAAGGUGGCUUCUCCGUCCCUCCGGAGCUGGAAAAUUGCUUCAAAGUCUUCACCGAGUUCUACCAGACCCAUCACGAAGGCCGCAAGUUGACCUGGUGCUACCAGCUCUGCCGUGGUGACGUCGUCACGCACUACACGAAGAUGCGCUACACCUUCCAGGUGUCCACGCACCAAAUGGCCAUCCUCAUGCUCUACAACACCUCCCUCGUGUACACAGUGAGUCAAAUCCAAUCCCAAACGGGCAUCGACAUGAACACCCUCACCCAACUCCUCAACAUCUUCCUGAAAGGCCGCGUUCUCAAGGUUGCGGUCGACGAGACGAAGAAGUCGUCCGAGGGGGAGGGGCAGAGGCACACCGACGGGGCCGGUGCCAGCCAGACAGACGCGCUUUCCUCCACCCAAACCCCCCAACUCGCCCCCGAUACCCUGCUCCGGCUCUACACAGAUUACAACAAGUUUACAGUUGGCUGCGGUUGGCAGACGCAAAACUUACACUUCUUUCCCUUGCAUCCUUCACACAGUAAACGCAUUCGCGUGAACCUCAACUUGCCAGUGAAGAGUGAAGCUAAACAGGAGGCGGAGACUACGCUGAAUACCGUCGAGUGCGACCGGAAACUCAGCAUUCAGGCUUGUAUAGUGCGAAUCAUGAAGAUGCGAAAGAGGAUGGAGCAUCAGCAGCUGAUAAAGGAGGUUAUCGAACAGAUGUCUUCACGAUUCUGUCCCGCCAUCCAGCAAAUCAAGGUAAUUCCGCGCGGUUUAGUUUGCAUUUCUCUGCUCAUGCCCGACCUCCUGUCAAUAACUGGUGGCGCCCCCUUUUCAGCUUUGCAUCAAUUCUCUGAUCGAGCGAGAAUUCAUCAAACGGGAUUCAACCAAUCUCUCCGCCUACGAAUACGUGGCCUGAUUGGCAGACGUCCGCGGCCGCUCCCACCCGUGCCACCCCUCAGGGUGCUCUUCGCCAGGAGACCUCCAACCCAACUGCCACCGUCUCUCAUCUGCUUACUCUUCUCCCUCCCCCCCUCCCUCCCCCCGCCCCUAAUACCUUCUCACUUUUUUCAGCUCAUGUUAGUUUUGUUUUUAGUCGGGAGGUUUGUGCGUUCAUUUCCUCCUUCUUCUUCUUCCCCUUUAUAA